UUUGUCACUGCAGCACCACUAUUGAAACAAACCCAAGUGAUUAAUUGCUAUGUUAAGUGGACGCUAACACGUUACAAUUUCUACAAGACUGCCUGAAGCCGUGUUUGUUUUCAUGUGGUGUGUAGUUGUAAAAACCUGACUUCUUGGGCGUUCGUGAUGAAUGGUUGUAGCAAAAAUUCAGCGCCGUGCCCGCAGUUUAAACUGAUUCUGCUGGGAGAUGCCGGGGUAGGGAAGACCUCGAUAUUCAUGAGGGUAAAAGACAACGUUUUCUUAGAGCAGCCUCCCCCAACAAUCCCAGUGGAUAAUUGCAGACAGAAACUGAUGGUUGGUGACACCCUGGUUCACCUGUGUCUAUGGGACACGGCAGGUGUUGAGAGGUUCAGGACAAUCACCCGUAACUUCUACCGUAACGCUGACGCCGUGCUGAUGGUGUUCAGCUUGGAUGAGAUGUCGACCUUGUUCAGCCUCAACUCUUGGGAACAGGACGUCAAGGCUUACGCACCAACAGCUCUUCGGUUUCUCCUGGGCAACAAGACGGACCUUGGCAGGGCGGUGUCUCAAGAUGUAGUGGCCAGCUUUGCCACUAACCACAACUGUGAAUCCGCGUUUAUGGCUUCAGCUAAAACAGGGGAGGGAAUAUCAAACGCCUUUCAGGUAAUUGCUCAUAAGUUAUUCUCCCUUCAUAAAACGCGAAGCGAGGAACAGCAGAAUUCUUGGUUGUCCACCAGCGUUCACGUCAACCAAGGCAAGCCUAACAUCAAGUCAGGAUGUUGCUGAUGUGUGACAUCAAGUCUGGAUGUUGCUGAUGUGUGACAUCAAAUCUGGAUGUUGUUGAUGUGUGACAUCAAAUCUGGAUGUUGUUGAUGUGUGACAUCGUCUGUAUGUUGGUGAUGUGUGACAUCAAGUCUGGAUGUUGCUGAUGUGUGACAUCAAGUCUGGAUGUUGGUGAUGUGUGACAUCAAGUCUGGAUGUUGCUGAUGUGUGACAUUAAGUAUGUAUGUUGGUGAUGGAUUAGAGCAGCAUUCAUGUCAACAAAGACAAGUCAUAAAGUUGGCCAAUCAGGGCUUUUGGGUGCUGAUCAUGUCUGAAGACCACAAAGCUCCUUAGCUUAAACCUAAUGAAACAUUCAUCUACCAGCCCAGCCCUCUCUAGGGAAGAGGAAAGCGUUAUUAAAGCGCUGUUAUAUAUGUAUCUGAAAUUAGCUCUACAGUUUGGAAUAAAUGGUCUUCACUUGUGACAAGGAGGUUCAUGGAGUAAACAGAUGAACCUCUGCUCUUUUACCACUUACAAUUUAAUUUAGAUUUGCUAGACAAGGGAAAUUAACUCUACUGUACAAGAAUUAUUUCCCCUUCAUGGGAUGAUAUAUUUUGUUGGUAAAACCCGACUUUAAAAAUAUAACUUGUUAUAAUAUCCUUGGCGAAGUAUUAUGACCCACUUUUUUUCAAGGCCCGUAACUGUUAAAAUUUCUUAAAGGGAAUUUCCUGUA